AUGGCAGCUCUCGAAGAUCUUCCGUGGCUAGAUUCCAUGGCCUCCUCAUCUACCGCCCAGGACCAUGGCCAUCCUGACUCGCAACCGCCCACAGUCGCCGCAUUUGCUCCUUCUACCAUCGCUGGCUCGGCCUUUACGUCGCGGCAGCGCUCCAGCAUCAUCGUGCAUCGAAAAUCACCACUUCUGGUGGCUACGCCACCUUCUAUAACCCGGGCACUAGCCUACUCGCAUCCCUUCCUCCUCCCUCUGAACAAGUUUGUGGGUCUUUUAACAUGGACUACGGGAGAUCCAUGGCAGAGCUUCUUGCUCGUAGCCAGCUUCUGGGCGGUGGUACUGUACAGUGACGCCAUCAUUCUCUGGGCUGGCCCUCUACUGGUUGUUAUUGGGUUGAUCCUUGGCAUGUAUGGACGACGGUAUUCACCUCUAUCCUCAACGAUCUCAACCGGCGAGAAGCACCAACGCACCCCAUCAGCGGACAGCAACAUCCGCCACCAGAAGAGCCUGGACGAUAUUGUCGAGACGUUGCGCACCCUCACCACGAGAUGCAAUAUCCUACUGGAGCCACUGUUGGAUUUGACCGAUUUCCUGUCCACGCAGCGGACGCCAACUUCGGCGACAACCAGACCCGCGCUGACAGCUCUGUUUAUUCGCAUUCUUCUCGUCACACCUGUCUGGAUCGUGUUGACACUUCCCCCGUUCUACCUGAUUACCACUCGCCGUAUCGCUAUGACUGUCGGUACUGUGGUCCUUACCUAUCACUCUCGACCUGCGCGGGUAUCCCGCGUCAUUCUAUGGAGAUCCCGUCUAGUACGCCGGCUUUGCGCUAUGGUAACCGGACUAUCGGUCACCGAGCCUCCAAGCAACUCACAAAAGGCCCAAGCCCAGGGCAUGGGUUUGAACGUCUCAACCAAACGCCGUAGAGACUCCGGUGGGGUUCGAUUUACCUUUGUUGUAUUCGAGAACCAACGGCGUUGGCUCGGAAUUGGUUGGACUUACUCGCUAUUCCCAUCGGAGCGUGACGCGUGGACUGAUGAGCAUUUAAAUGUCGUUCCGCCGAAGGAUUCAUUUGAAUUGCCCGAUGUCCGAACAGGUGAUGCUAAAUGGCGAUGGGUGGCAGGGUCUGAAUGGCGCAUUGAAGGUGCGGAUACAACCAGCAAUUCUGAUCCCAAAGCCUCGAAUGAAGGAUGGAUAUACUAUGAUAAUAAGUGGAACGAUGGACGCCGCGGUCAGGAUGGCUGGGAUCGAUACACGCGCCGACGCAAAUGGUUCCGUGACGCAGAGCUUGUUGACGUUGAGGACGAUGGCCCAAAUUCCUCAGAAGAAACCGUAUCCAACCUCGCACAAGCACUUCAACAAGAAAAAACCGCCACAGAGAAAGGGGAGAGUGGAAAAGAAACUGAUGCAGAUGGCAUUAGCCUCUCGGCCUCCACCCCACUGAAAAACCGACGCCGACGCUGGUUUGGCAAGGAGAAGGAUACCGCCAGUAGCGACGGAUCGCCUGAUACUGGUCGUUCUACUGGGGCGAAUGCUGAUGGGUCGGCGAGCACACGGUCUACGUCGUCACGACCGAUCAGUAUCCAAGGCUCCCGCAAGUCCCAUGGUCGGGGAAGCAGUGUGGCGACGAAUGAUAGCGCCAGUCUACGUGAGAAAGAGCUUUCCAAUUCACAAGACCAUCAUGACCGGUGGGCAACACGGGCGGUAGACGGGACAGAAAGGGCAGAGCGUGAAUUCGGACUAAGCGAUGAGGUGAAUAUGGGGCUGAGCUGA